AUGGGAGAGUGUUUUCAAUACAACCACGUGUACUUCACCACAAUAAACGAGCAACCUGCUACAGUGGAGGAAUUUGUACCAGGACCCUUUGCCAAAUUGAUAAAUAAUGAUGGUAAGAAAGCCAAACCACCCGAAGAUGCAGAUGAUGCUUUAAAAGAUUUGUUUGCUAAAGCAGAGUGUCUGGUUCACUACACAUAUGAAUCAUCCAACCAACAACUCAUGCUACUAGAUAUACAGGGAUCUGGCUACUGUUUAUACGAUCCUGAAAUAGCAACGAAUGUGCUUAUGGAUGCCAACAGCAUGGAAUUUUAUUUCUGCUGCGGAAAUAGAUCGUUUUCACUCACGUGA